AUGAUGAUGACUAUGUCCCGGGGUUUCAACCACACAUUUCCCACCCGUCAAAAUAAAUAUCUUAUCCAUUAUCGGUAUUCCAAAACACCAUUGUGUGAAAAGAAUCCACCAGAUCGUGGCGGCGAUAUAUCUCAAUAUUGCCCCCUUGAUGAUUUGGACCCUGUGUUGGGAUUGUUUGAUUAUGAAGAUGUAGAAGAUGGAUAUGAACACCGUGGUCCAAAACCAGCCUUUUUUGACAAACCAUUGAUUUAG